GCCACCAUGGUGCAGAAAUCCCGCAACGGAGGCGUCUACCCGGGACCCGCCGCCGAAAAGAAGCUGAAGGUGGGCUUCGUGGGGCUGGACCCGGGAGCCCCGGACUCCAGCCGGGACGGAGCGCUCCUCAUCGCCGGCUCCGAGAGCACCAAGCGGGGCAGCAUCCUCAGCAAGCCGCGCUCCGGGGUGUCGGGCAGCGGGAAGCCCCCCAAAAGGAAUGCUUUUUACCGCAAGCUGCAGAAUUUCCUCUACAAUGUGCUGGAGAGACCGCGGGGCUGGGCUUUCAUUUACCACGCAUACGUUUUUCUACUAGUUUUCUCCUGCCUGGUGCUGUCUGUCUUUUCGACCAUCGAUGAGUACCAGAACAGCUCAGAAGGGGCCCUUUACAUCCUGGAAAUCGUCACCAUCGUGGUGUUUGGGGUCGAAUACUUUGUGAGGAUCUGGGCGGCUGGCUGCUGCUGCCGAUACCGGGGCUGGAGGGGAAGGUUAAAAUUUGCCCGCAAGCCUUUCUGCGUCAUCGACAUCAUGGUGCUGAUCGCGUCCAUCGCCGUGCUGGCAGCGGGGUCCCAAGGGAACGUCUUUGCCACCUCGGCACUCAGGAGUUUGAGGUUCCUGCAGAUCCUGCGCAUGAUCCGCAUGGACCGGCGGGGAGGCACCUGGAAGCUCCUGGGCUCUGUGGUCUACGCACACAGUAAGGAGCUGAUUACUGCCUGGUAUAUUGGCUUCCUGUGCCUCAUCCUGGCCUCUUUCCUGGUAUACUUGGCCGAGAAAGGAGAAAAUGAGCACUUUGAUACAUACGCAGAUGCACUCUGGUGGGGUCUGAUUACUCUCACCACCAUCGGCUACGGGGACAAGUACCCGCAGACCUGGAACGGGCGGCUGCUGGCGGCGACGUUCACGCUCAUCGGCGUCUCCUUCUUCGCCCUUCCUGCCGGCAUCUUGGGUUCGGGGUUUGCUCUGAAGGUUCAAGAGCAGCAUCGACAAAAGCACUUUGAGAAGAGGCGAAACCCAGCAGCAGGCCUGAUUCAGGCGGCUUGGAGAUUUUAUGCCACCAACCUGUCCCGGACGGACCUGCACUCCACCUGGCAGUACUACGAACGCACCGUCACCGUCCCCAUGUACAGCACGCAAACGCAAACGUACGGUGCCUCCAGACUCAUCCCUCCUCUGAACCAGCUGGAGCUCCUGAGGAACCUGAAGAGCAAAUCGGGACUGACAUUCAGGAAAGAGCAGCAGCCCGAACCAUCGCCAAGUAAAAGCAAACCGUGCAGAGAGUCACUAUGCGGAUGCUGCUCAGGAAACUCUAGUCAGAAGGUCAGUUUGAAAGAUCGUGUCUUCUCCAGUCCCCGCGGUGCUGGCACCAAAGGGAAAGGCUCUCCACAGGCUCAGGGCAUCCGGAGGUCCCCCAGCGCUGACCAGAGCAUCGAGGACAGCCCGAGCAAAGUCCCCAAGAGCUGGAGCUUCGGAGACCGCAGCCGAGCCCGGCAAGCUUUCCGCAUCAAGGGAGCGGCGUCGCGGCAAAACUCAGAAGAAGCAAGCCUCCCCGGAGAAGACAUUCCUGAUGAGAACAAAAGCUGCAACUGCGAGUUUGUGACGGAAGAUUUGACACCAGGACUGAAAGUCAGCAUCAGGGCAGUGUGCAUUAUGAGAUUUCUGGUCUCCAAGCGCAAGUUUAAGGAGAGCCUUCGUCCCUACGACGUGAUGGAUGUCAUCGAGCAGUAUUCAGCUGGUCACCUGGACAUGCUCUCCCGGAUUAAAAACCUUCAGGCCAGGAUAGAUAUGAUUGUGGGUCCCCCGCCCCCUUCAACUCCCCGGCAUAAGAAGUAUCCAACCAAAGGACCCAUGUAUUCUUCCAAAGAAUCUCCCCAAUACUCGCCUAGAGUUGACCAGAUCGUUGGGAGAGGAUCCUCCAUGACUGACAAGGAUCGGACCAAAGGGCCAGCGGAGGGGGAGCUGCCUGAAGACCCCAGCAUGAUGGGCAGGCUUGGAAAAGUUGAAAAACAGGUUCAGUCAAUGGAGAAGAAGCUAGACUUCCUGGUGAACAUUUACAUGCAGCGGAUGGGCAUCCCACCAACGGAGACGGAGGCUUAUUUUGGGUCCAAAGAACCAGACCCAGCCCCUCCCUACCACAGCCCCGAAGACAGCAGGGAGCACAUUGACAAGAACGGCUGCAUCAUCAAGAUCAUCAGGUCUACCAGCUCCAUGGGUCAGAAGAACUUCUCUGCCCCGCCAGCCCCAACCAACACGUGCCCACCCUCGACGUCAUGCCAGCAGCAGGUCUACCAGCGGCAAAGCCAUGGCUCCUCGCCCGUCGGAGACCCCGGCUCGCUGGUCCGCAUCCCACCUCCGCCCUCCCACGAGCGCUCCUUGUCAGCGUACAGCGGUGGGCACAGGGCGAGCGCAGAGUACCUGAGGAACGAAGACAUUACAACCAAACACCACGAGAGUGCCAUGAGAGACAGCGACACGUCCAUCUCCAUCCCCUCGGUAGACCAUGAGGAACUGGAGCGCUCUUUCAGCGGCUUUAGCAUCUCCCAGUCCAAAGAGAAUUUGGACAUCCUUAACAACGGUUGCUAUGCAGCCGUGGCCAAAAUCAGACCCUACAUUGCAGAAGGGGAAUCAGACACCGAUUCUGACCUCUGCACGCCCUGCGGUCCUCCUCCCAGGUCGGCCACGGGCGAGGGACCCUUCAGUGACAUGGGCUGGUCGGCCCCCAGGCAGUGAAGCCUUCUCGCAACCACCGAGCCACGACCAAGUGCUGGCAGCUGCCCACUCCAGCUGUCCACGCGUUGAACUUCUCAAGGAGAUUGACAGCUAAGGUUUUCCUCCCUCUAGGACAUCCUUAGCUGGCGGAUACUUUCUUGCAGCUUACUCUGGGGGGUGAAUGAGCAGGUCCAAGCCUGCAUUUGUGGAAGAGGUCACGGUGGUGAGCGAACUGGAGCCGUGAAGUCCAGAUUUCUUUCAUACUCUCUUUCUAAGAUCAUUAGGUGAAAUUAUGUCAUGGUGCAGGGUAGGCAAUUUGCAUUUCUUGGGAAUUUUCAGAAGUGCAGGGCAGGAAUAAAUCACCCAGCCAGGGCUUUUGGAGUGUUAGGUGGGAAUUGCCAUGUCAUGGCACUGGUAAUUACACCUUUAGGUAUUUUGGGGUCGCAGAAUGAACAUGUGUCUGUUUCUGGCUUAGAUUUCAGGUCACGUGUCAUUACAGGGGGGUUGUUACUUUCUGGUUCUUCAUUAACUGUCAGGAAGGUGGAAUAAUUCCAGUAUAAUACAUGGAAAUGUUGCAUAGGCCCCUGGAGGAGGGGGAUGGUGGCUGGAAUACUUGCAUGAACAGAAGACAUGGCCUCAGAGUGGGACAGGUUGGGAUACUGCUCUGAACCAGAAUGGUUUGGAAAUUAUCCCAUCUUAUGAGACUGGAAAACUAAGAAAUACGAGCUUGAGUGUAAGAAGAGAGACAACCCAGAGGGCAGAGAAAUGAGACAGAGGAGGAGGAUAACAGACUGUGGGGCUGGAAUUUUAUGUUUUAAACCAUGUAUUAUAUGUAAUUAUCUCUCCUCCCGUUGACAACGGACCUGGAGGUGCUUUGGAAGCAUAGGCAAACCAAAGGCAACCCCUCUGGAGGGCUGCCACGGUGUGAAGCCAGUCUCGUGGCCAGCAGCGGUGCUGUGGAGUCACAGCCACACCGGGCCACAGGGAGAGGGGGGGUAUGCGAGACACUGUGGUCCCCGCGUUGCUGCGAGUUAAGUGCUGAGCUCCAUCCUUUUGAAGCCCUGUUGGUCAGAGCGGGCACUUUUCUUACAGUUUGCAUCGUGCCUGAACACUUUUGCACACACUAUGCCCCGUGAAAAUCUUCCCUUUCUUCUUCUGCCCUGCCAAGAAUCUCACACCCAUGUUCUUGGGACAUCCUUUGGUUUUGUUUGGGUCCCUCAAGCUGAGUUAAGAGGUGCUUCUUCGUUUCUUCAUGGUCUUUCAGAAGCCUCUUACCUGUGCUUGCCCGCAAGCUGUGCCAGUCCAAGUCUGCCCCGUUCCGUUGUUGUUAAAGUACUUUCUCUUGGAAGGAUCUUUGUGUUGUUACCAGGAACCUCAGCAGCACUUUUAGCUGGGGGAAGGCACGGGAAAAAGUGAUGCUCAAAGUUUCUUUUGGGACCAGAACGAAGUCACAAAGUGAUCCUUUACAUGGAUAGGUUGGUGGGGGGUUUUUGCAAGGGGGUGGGUCAGGAAAAGUUGUGUUUGGGAUCCAUCUCCAGGGCUGGGACACCGUGGCUGGCAUUGUGCCUCUGAACCCUCUCAUGCAUCUCCAGCCCAAAUCCCGUGUGUGUUUCUGCUGGGGCUGUACCUGUGGUUUCAAACCCCAUCCCUCCACAUUUUCCCUGUGUCGUAUCAAGAGCCUGUUAAGGAUAUUUAGGUGACAAUUUCAUUUUGGUGUGGCCUUUGAGAGGUUGUACACUGACUUGCUUGAGGUGAAAGGAGAAUCACAGCCUUUUUCUCUCCUCCUGGUUGUUUGACCAGAGGCAGCAACCAGGGGAGACCCAGGAUUAUUUUGGCCUUAGGGAAGGUGUGGGUGCAGUCCGGCAGCUUGCAGGUGGGAAAUAAAACCAUCCUUUUUGCUAAUGCUCAGGACCAACACGCAGGUCUUCACGUGAGAUUGAGGGGUGGGGAAAGGCUCUGCACAAUUUUUCCUGCCAUUUUUCACCGUUCAGGAGGGGAAAACAUUUUUCUUAGAGGGAACGUAGGCUUCCAGCCAUGCUAGUUCCUUUCUUUCCCAUUUGAUCCAUUUUUUUGUUACCUCCUGCAAUUUUACCCUCUCUGCUUGUGCUCCCAAACUCCUUUUUGGCUCCAGAUUUCUUCGUGCAGAGUGACCCCAGGGAUGCCCUUGACUUCCAUACAGAGAAAUCUUUGAAUGCAAAAUGGCUGCAAAUUGUGCAGAUUUGCCCCUGGCGUGUUGCAAAAUGAUGCCUUCUGGUAGGGCAAGAAACGUCAGCAGGUCCCAAAUCAGACUUGGUGGCGUGUGUUUUCUGGUGACCACAAGAACGGAAAUUGAAUCUGGUGAGGCAAAAGUCAACGUUGCUCCAGCCAGCUGCUCACUGCAAAUUUUUGCCCAAGUCAGAGAUAGCAAAGUUUUAUUAUCUUAUUUGUUUGCAAUUACUUUUCAAGGCCUGCUGGAAAUUUGGCGCAGAAGGAUAUGAUAUAAAGGGUCCGAUAACCGGAUGAGGAAGAUGACAUGCAGCCCUAUUGCAGCACAGGUACAUGACUGGGUUUUACUAUAGGAGGCAAAGUGAACAGGACUUCAAGGCACAGGCACAAUUUUUAUGGGACGUAAUUUGCAUCGUGUCCUGGUGUUGAAGCCCUGUUGGCUCUAUUUUGAAUGUCCAUUUCCUAGUUCUUAUUGAAAAAUCCCUUUCUCCUGCCCAGAUGAUGUUACACCCUUCAAAGCAGAUACUGCGAGUGUGUCCCAAGGAGACGCAGUUCCGCUGUGUCCUCGUGAGUUUUCCACAGAUUGACGUCCGGCAGUCUUUUACGUCCUUUAGGAAGAAUUGUGUUUUCCCUCUUCAAGUUACUACACCAGAGUUUAUAGAGAUCUUCUGAUUUGUACCUUUAAAAGGUGUUGGAUUUGUCCCGUAAUCACCGAUUAGAGAAAACUGGUUUUAUAUACAUGCAGCACAGAUUGUGUCUUGCUGUUACAAAUUUCACAGAGAAUUUUAUUUGGAAGGUGUAAGAAAUAUCCCACCUUUAUCUGUGGCAUCAUUCCAAAGGAAUUCUGACACAUGCCUCCAUCCACAACCAUGCCAUAAAUCAUCAAUUCUCAUUCAAACAGGCAAAAAGACCUGGAUUUUGGGGUUAACUUGCACCAGAAUUAGCUCCAAAUAAUGCUCCUUAUUUCCAUGGAAUUAUUUAUGCCUGCGUAAAUGAUAACAGAGCCUGCUUGUUGCUUAUUGACAUAAAUAAUUUCAUUCGUGUCCUAAAUCACAGUCCAAUACUUCUUCACUUACAAUCCCUCGAUUCCCCCGUGCCUGUGUCACACACUCCUGGUGGUGAUCUCCCACAAGAAGUCAUAAUCACUGGAUUAAAAGAAAAUAAGUGUGUUUUGAUUUGAUAAUAAAACAGUCCCGAUGAUAAAGACCUUUAAAUGGAGAAUUAGGCAAAUUUUGUCCCUCUGCUGAGCCUCUCUUGGUCCGGUCUUUGCUCCCCUGUUCCUCCCAAAUCCGGUUCUGCAUUUUUUGGAGGACAGAAACAAGUUUUAGCCAAUGCCGAGUGUGGACGGAGGAGACCAAGAGGAGCUGAAGGAGAUGAGAAAGCCAAAUUUCCAGCAGGCCAUGCUGAAGUGCUGCGGGGGUGCCUGUGCCCACACGUGGUCGCGUGCACAGAGCCUGGGUUCGAGGUGCCUCUGUGCUGAAUGUGAAGCCGUGGCCUUGGACCAGAGCCUGGGAUCUGGUCUCCAAGAAACCUUUGGACUUUUUUUUUUUUUUUUUUCACAAUCUGGGUCUGGGUGCGGAGAGAAAUACUGCAAAUGGUCCCACCUGCAGGAUGGAGCAGUCCCUGAGACUGGGACCUGAAGCCACAGUCAGUUUUUGGGUGCCUCAGGUCCGAGCGGGAGUUCAAGUCGUCAAGGAGUUCAUGUCUCCGAACAGGAGAUGUGGCUGCAGAUGUUGCCAUCUCUGUGCAGGCGGCCUUCCAUGAUGUGACCCCGAGACAUAGGAACAGAGCACUAGCCAUAAGUCGAAUUUCCCAAUAUUUGGGAAGGGACUUCGGUGUUACUCAAGUGCAGAUUUUGUAUGUGAAUUUCCUUGUUGACUCAUUUUCUUAUUGAUAAUUUUUAAAACAAAACUGUCAAGGAACUCACUGAAAACAAACCUCUUGUCCAGCCCAGAAAGCCGUUAUAUUUCUUUAGACAGACUAUGUGAUAGAUCAGGUUUUCUAAAAAUGUAUUUUAUUUCAAAUGCUGACUAAUAGAUCAGAAUAAAUUCUGUGGGGCCGUUGCUAUUUACAGCUAAAUAGGUAUAUUUUUAAAUUUUUAAUUGAUUUUUAAGAUUUUAAAUUAUGUGGAUUUUUAGAACAAGUUUGUGUAAUCUGCCUGAGAAGCCAGAGCAUCACCUCAGAUACAAACGCUCCCCUUCCUAACAGUUACCCAAGAGAGAAGAAAAACACAUUUACUUCUAUUUUUCUCAAGAGGGAGCUACUGCAAACCUCAUUUCCCUUCUAUCCGCUAUGGUCACGGCGACGUUGUUGCUAAAAACAAAAUACAAGUAUUAAAAGAGAACCUGAAAUUCCUAAGGAGUUUUCCAGGAGUUAGACCCUUAGCAGUGAGUGUUUUAUUGGGAAUGUUGAAAAGCCCAGGAGCAGGCUAAAGACUUCUCUUUCUCCAUCCACGCUCGGGCUGAGCGAGCCCCGAGCCUCCAGCCCGUCACCCCUGUGUGGUCCCCCGACCCGCGGCCCCCGCCUCCUCUCACCCGCUCUCCGCCGUGGGUCGGCAUCUUCUGUUGUCAUCCGCUUCCUUUUCGUGAAUGAAAAACAAGGAAAUCAGAUACAAAAGCUCCUUCACCUGCAGUAACGCGGAGGCUGCGAUGCGGGGGUCCGUGGCGCGGGGGUGAGGGCAGCAGCCCCCCACCCUGAGCCCCGCGUGGGUCGCUGCUGCUCGGAGCUUUGGAAAAGCAAACUCUUGCUUUUAGCACACAAACACCCCGACUUUUCUGCGCCACGGAGCAAAAUCUGCUUAGAGCGCGGGUGUGGGUUCGUUGGUUUUUUUAACAAUAACAAUAGGGUUGGUUUUUUUUUUUUUUUUAAUAAUAAGGAUAAUAAUAACGCAUAGGAAUCUUCUUUAGUAUAUCUUAGUGUUUGAUGCCCCAGUGACACAAUACUGCUUGCCUUAUAUUAGUGUCUAGAGGGAGAGGGAUUACACACGUUUUGAUACAAUAUUAAUCACGCUUAUAAUUUAGGUAGCAGCAAGGAGCGGCUGCUGCAGGAGGAGCAGCCGGGUCCUUUUUAAUGUAUGAAUGUGCUUUCCGGGCUAUCUCACGACUGUACUCUCAAUUUUGCCUGCUACUGCAUGCAGCCUGAGAUGAGUAGACAGCAACGUGCUCCAGCUGUAUCUGCACUCCCAGAUUGCUGUAGUACCCGACGAGGUGACAUUGCCAAAAGCAUCAUUUUGGGGAGAGGCCGUCCUCCCAGCGACCCAUCACGUAGGGUGCUGCGGCGCUUCCGUAGGUAACACUGAUAUACCAAGUGUCUUUCAUGCCGCGACUGGUCAUCGCCCCAUCCCUCCCAUACAGCAUGCACGAACUCCGCUGAUACUGCUUGUAAAGUAGGGGGAAGAAAACCACAUUUGUACCUGUGGUUCCUUGAAACGUGUACUCGGGGAGGAAAAAAUACAAAUUGUGUUGGCUGUGUAUAAAAACCUCUUUUCCACCCAGAUGCCUCUGAGGAAGAGCAUCCCAGGUACCCCUUUCUGAGGGUUUGGAGGAGCAGUCAGGACAAGGCAGGCAGUGCCAAGGAUGGAGGCCUGGUCUUCGUUUAGGAGAUGCCAUUUGAUCCCACGCGAGUGGGACUUGCCAUAUGUCUGGUUUAAUUCCCGUAGGGUUCUCUCGCCUGCAUCCAGCUCUGGCGUGCAUGAGUGUUUGUGCCCGCAGGCCGGCACGGGGGGAAUGUGACUCCCAAACUUUGGAAACCCCACUUUGGAAAUUGCAUCCACCCUUGUCUACGGCCCCUGGGGCUCUCGGGACCCUGCAGCUGUGCCACGUCCAUUCCUUGCGGAGGCAGCUCUUACUCUCCUUAUGGAGAGGCGUGGAGCUACCUUCAUAUCUCUGUAAAUGUUUUGCCAGAGUUCUCCCCGCUGUAACACCAGACUGUCAUGAGGCCUUCGGGGUUUGCUCACCUCACUGGUGUUUGCAGUCUCUUGUAUCUCUUCACGCCGCUGCCAUAACCUAGUUUGACACUGGUCCCGCGUCCUCACCUUCCUUGUCCAGACUAUAUACAAGUGAAGAUGUAAUGCCAGAACUCUGCUCUGAGACUUGCUUUUGGCCUGGCCUCACUAGAUGCACCAGAGAACCUUCAUGUUUUGUUAGCAUGACAGUUUUGCUUUUUUAUUGGCAAUUUAUUUGCUUCGUCAUUGAGCCACCGUGGCCUCAACACAUCCCUGGUUUGUUCUGCUGGAGCCUUCCAGCGCAGGGAUGGAGUCCGAUUUGCCGUGCGGUGCAGCGCCCUGCGAGGGUUUGUCCCCUUGGCUUUGGCUGAUUGCAGUGAAACAGGGAUGAGGGUUCGGUUCAGGUUUUCUGGUCAAGCUGAACGUCUUACAGACUCUAACAGCAUUGAUGCUUUUGCUCCCUGAAGCAAGAGCUGCUUUCAAAGACCCCAGUCCCCUUCAGCGGUCCACGCGUGUGGCUUUGCAUGCCAGGCUCCAGCUCGGUAGUGGGGACAAAAGGAAAGCAGCCGGUCCAUGGUGUGCUAUUUCCAAUGCUGCCGGUGAAUGUGGGAGCAUCUUGCCCUCUCCUAAUUCCUGUAAAUACAGACGCAGAUGAAUUGUUCAAGCAGCAUCUCUUUGCCUAGUCCUGAGAAACUUGAGCUAACCGCAAAGCUUUCCGAAACUCAGUGCCAAGCUCAGGCUAGAUUUCACCUGCAGCUACGCCUAUAAUUUUAGGGCAGGGUUAAUGGUUUCAGGUAGAAGCCAUGCCAAAAUCUCCAGUUUGGAUGGUUCUGGCCCCAAACCAAGGCUGAAUGUCAUGCUGCUGGUGAAGCCUCCCCUGGAAUUUCAGCUCCAUUUGACACUGACGACUGUGGACCUGGGGAGAUGCUCCACACGAGAAAAGGUGGGCACAUGCCUUGCAAGCCAAGAUGAGAAAAUGCCUCCUUAUUUUAGCGUGCCAUGAGCACCUCCCAUUAAAAGUAGAAGCAGCAUUUCACGGUGAUCCCUUAAACCUGACCAACACAGUGGCCGUGACCCAGUGUUUCACGUAUGCAGUGAUGCUCGUGAAAGGGGUUAGUUACAGAUGUGGAUAUAGAAGGCUCAGUCCUUUCGCAUCUCUGUAGACACCAUGUUCAGCCUUGCUGAUGACCUGAGAAGCCAUCAAAGGAAGUGACAGGUCUUUUCUGUCCUGCCCGGUUAUUCCCGCUGCUCCAGCAUCUUCCCUGGAGCUGAAGAUAUCCCGUGCUCCUGUCGUCAGGCAGGAUGGGGACCCUUCUGUGUUGGUUACUCUUCCCCACCACCCAAACCCAGACCCUAGAAUUUCGAGUUUCUUCACUUUUUCUCAAAAAAUUCACGCACAGGGUGGAGAACCUGAGACUUUCAGGAACACCAAGAUAAAGGAAGAUACAGCUGAUAAAUGACAGAGAUUUUGUUAUUUUAAGUCAAGAGCAGAUUUUAAACAUAGUUGCAGUUGCUGCGUGGUAUAUCAAAUGCUUUAGGAGAUUCAAUAAAUUAUUCUUAUAAAUGUUUUAUUCUUUUAUCGGUAAUUCGUAUAGGUGGGUGCCACUGUUCUUAUACAGCGACGCUCCACACACGAAAACUAUAUUCCUGUUUCUCCACUAUAGACAUUGUAUUUAUGAAAUUUAUCUUGCUUAGUGUCUCUUUGGCACACUGUCCACAUAGACCGCACACAGAUUGCACAUUACAUGCCAAACGCUGAUAAGUAUCACUACCUGUAAUACGCAUAUGUGCGUCGAACAGACACCACACCGUUACCUGCCUAGUUUGUGACGUGACUCGACAUAAGUGGGAAAAGAGAAAAAGGAAGAUCCUGUUUCGUUAAGAAAUACACUUCGUUUGAAUGCUUCUUUAAACAGAUUUUACUGGGAAACUAAAAUACGUGAGAUUGCCUCUGUAACGUUACUUAAAAAAUACCUGAACAAAACAAACACACACAGCCCGAGAAUACUUCACAACUGCUGUAUUUCUAUAUUUUCUUCAUUGCUGUUCAUCUGAACUGUAAAUUCUGUACAGAUUGAAUGAAGCUCACAGUUUAUCUUUGUCAUAACCUGCAAGAUAAAAGGACAACACAACUUUGGCUGCAAAAGUGUGUGCGUGCUGUUUGCGUACAUGCAUGUAUGUCUUGCUGUACGUGUAUGUUUACACAAACACAUGCGCGCACGCGCUUCAAACCACAUAAAGCUGCAUCUGAGAUGCACAGGGGACCAAAACGUUCUUUUUUUUUGGAGGUGGGAGAGUGGGUAAGACCAAAACAAAAGAGUAUUUCAAUAACGUGUUUCUAAUAAAAAGGAAGAUUUGCAAAGGGGAUUGAUGCGCAACUGCCAUCCCGAGGAGAAAUCCCACCUCCGAAGGCAGCACGGGCCAUGCAGCGGAGCGGUGCAGUUGCUUCAGAUGAUAAUUUCUUUGGCUUCCUUUGGAACGAACAAACAAAAGCAUAUAGCGGCCAGUGCCAAUUCCAACUCCAAACCAAAAAGCCCAUUCCCGGGACGUGUAGCCAAACCGCUGUCCUGGGCCAUCAGAGAGCCAAGGGCGAAGGCUGGACGUGCUGUGACAGGGUGACCUUGAUGGCAGCGGUGCCGCCGGUCACCCUGGGUGACACCCAGGUGGGCAGUGCCACAGUCUGCCACAAACCCGGCAUCAUCCGGGUAUGGGCUAAUGCCCAGGCAGAGGAUCCUGCUGCCCUGUGUGUCCUGCUCGUACCUUUGCCUAUGUAUUUUAAAAAGCCCCUAGUUAAGAGACAUUUAAGAAAAGAGUCAUCAAAAGCCCAUUUUUGAUCUUAGAGUUAUGAAAGAAAUGACAAAUCAAUAAAUCUGAUUUUCCAAGCAGAUCAGCCCGCAGAUUCCAAUUGCCCCUAUGCAGAGAUUUCGCCAACCUCAACAAAUGAAUCAUCCUCUGGGGUUUAAUUUUGCCCGUGUUUUCAGAUAUAAGAGCUAUAUUGGGUAGAACUUACCCUUCAGUGUUCAAUCUAAAUAAACAAAGGCAUGAAGAGCUAACUUUUCCAGUUAAAUACUGCUGGAUGCCAAUGAAAAAAUAGCAAUCAGAUUUUUACAUUGGCCUGGAAUUCAUCUUUAGGUCCAAAGUUGUCAGCAGUAAGAUCCACUUCGGUCCCAAAUAGGUUUCUAAGCAAAGGGUACAUCCAUUGCUGGAGAAUGUUGCCGUUUCCCUGAGAUGCCUCGAAGCUCUCACGGUUUAUAACAGCAUCUGGCUCAUUUGGCCUUAACUAGGCUGAAAAACGGUCGAUGCCUUUGUGCUGGGGGUGAGCCGAGGGGUGGAUUUCGGGGUGGGACAGGCCCUUCUCGCUUGGGGCGAGCGCGGGUGCUGCACCCCCUCGCCUCCCGCCGGAGCAAACCCGGGGCCCAGCUGAGCAUGGGAGUUUGGUUGUCCUUUAGAAAGCAAAGGCAGCUGCUGCUUUGCUUCCUUUAAUUUGCUCUGUUGCCUUGGCUUUUUUUGCACUUUCGUUUCAUCUCCAAAGAAUCUCUCAUAAUGCCUUUGGUACUUAUGUACAAUUUUAAAACAUUUUGUAUGUAUUGAAUGGUACACACUUUCUCUUGUAAAAUAGCGAUCGGACUUUUUAUUUUUCUUUUUUUUUUCCCCCCUUUUUUUUUUUUUGGUGAAUGUGUAAUUUCCUCUGUACAUUUUCAAUCAUGACUUUGUGCGAUGUACAUUUUAUAGGGACAGAUGCCAAGGGAAUGACCUGUAGUUUUCUAAGGGAAUAGCUAGAAGCCGAAUGACACAGUCACAGACGGUUUUACAUUAGCACCGCGGAAGAGCGACGUAGCCCAGACUUUUACACCGAAGCGUUGAGCAUGAUGCAGCGUGUACCUUCACGCGAAUGACUGUGGCAGCUGCAAAACUGUGUACGUGUGAUGCUAAAAACAAGAGCGACGGUUGCAAUUGGAAGGGAAACGGAGGAAAAUUAAAUAAUCACAAUCAUUAAUUUAAGCCUCAAAGCAUCAGAAUGGAAAAUUUGCAUUCAGUAAAAAUACCAGAGAUUUAACCUUCAUGAGAUGAAAUACACAUUUAUUUUUCUUUGCA